CGAAGCACUCCCAAGCGCUGUUGGUGUUGAAUUUUCGGCGUCUUCGCUGUCUUGGUCCCUUUCAGCGGUGAACAUUCGACUUGUUGUGGUUUGGGACAAACCUGAAAAUAUCGGCUGAGUUGAUUUUCUCUGUAAGCGUCCCAUCAUACAACUUUAUCAAGCUCCAUCUCGUGUGUUCUUGCUGUUGUUCUAUUCUCUGUAAAGUAGAUUUUCCGCAUUGCAUUGCAAUGCUUGUCAAGGUAAGAACCGAAGUUAAUUCUUUUUUGUUUUAAGUUAAAUGUUAGUAUACUGUGUCUUUUACUGUAUGCAAGUUGAAGAGUUUUAUCAGGUUCCCUUAGUGCUAAGGCUAAACUUUAGAAUACUUCUGCACUUAUUGCAUCACUUCUUUGAAUAACAAAAGUGCCUUUUGUGUUAUGCCUCGUUCAUAAAGCGUUCCAACAAGUGGUGGUUUAUAAAACAACGAUCUUUUAGUGGUCAAAAGAGGGAAAUAAUGUGACUCCUUGAUUGGAUAAUCAGUUACACCUCUGUUGCACUUUGGUAUUGGUUAGCCGUGCAAGAGUUGACAAACAUCGCGAUAAGCUUAAAGGGAGAGGGAGAUCAGAAUAGACUGACCCUUCCACGGUUUUUAACAUGGACCAGUUAGGGAAAAUCCGUCCACACCACUGAAAAGAACGACUUGAAUUAGUGAAAUUUGCCAAAUUUGAAAGUGAUACGUCUUAAGCGAGCGAAGAUAUACAGUGGAACCCAGCUAUAAUGAAGUGCCACGGUAUCGAAAAAACUGUUCAUUAUAGCGGGGACUUCGUUAUAGCGAAGACCCCAUUAUAACGAAUUAUCUGGUUUAAAGUACAGUCGAACCUGUAUACAACAGGUGGCUGCUUAUAGCCUAGGACAAGACUCCUCGUCGCGGGAAAAAGGAGAAAAGAAUCGGUGUGGGUGAAAAAAAACAAAAAUCAGUAAGCGAGCGGAGAGGUAGUCUGGGGAGGGGAAAAAGUGGUGGAACCUGGAGACAUGCCUUUGAUGCCGCGGAUCCGCCCUCCAGCAAUUAACUUGUCAUUGAAAUGUCAACACAUCAAGUUGUCAUCAUGGAUGUCAGCAUGAGCUUAUUAUGUCGCUUUUGUAAAAAACUAGUUGAAUUUGAGAUGAAGUAAGAGUGCAAGCAAAGAGAUCUACUUAACUUCGACUGCCGACUCGGCAAAGAGAAAGAAAGAUGUUUAAGAGGAAAAUGUGCCGCAUGCAACUGGUGAAGAACAGCCGAAUAGAUUUUCAAGGAGAUCGCUCAAGUUCGCAGUUCACAUUAUGCUCGUUGUCAUAGCUUCUUGUAAUGUACCAGACAAAAUAUUGCUAUUGGCAGAGUUUAUAUUCUGUGGAGGAAAAAUGUGUAAGUUUAGCACCUUAUGCGACAGACUAUUCAGGUUGAGUGUAUUCCUGUUGAAUUUGUUGUCCGUUUUAUGUGGUAUGUCAGCUCAAAAUCGUGUAAAAGUCAGUAAUGAUCAUUUUCCCAGAUUUUCCUCAACCACUGUAAUUUUAUCUUUGUUCUAGCCUGCAAGCAGCGUUUUCUCUCUUGCAUGCAUGGCUUAUAGCGUUUACGAAGUUGUUCGUGUCGCUUGUCAGUUGUGUAAUUUAGUUUGUUAACUAUGUGACUGACAAGUAAUGCAAACUACUUCAUAAACGCUAAAAGCCAUGCAAGAGAGAAACAACUGCCCACAGGGUAUCUCCGUAUAGUUGUGGUUUAUGCGUUCUCAGAGCACAAGGCUUAGCUGUACGCAACAUGCAUUCUUUGCAUAUAUCCACUGAUUUUUUAGUUUUAUCACGCUUUAAGUAGGAGCAUGAUUAUAACGCUGUGCCUUUUGAAGGUCGGCUUAUAAGUCCAUUGCUUUGUAAUUGUGACUGUAGUUUAUCACAGGAGAGUAUAAGAAAAGCUCCAUACUUUGAAUACUUCUUUUUCUUUUUGCAACAGAUCACAGGCAUAUUUUUUGCUCUUCUUGGAGUCGAGGGAUAAACCAAAAGUCUUGCAAACAAAUUUGUAUUGCUUGCUGGAAGUCUGUGUUUUAACAAAUCUUUUCUCGAAUUGUAGGAGCGUGAUACUGUCAAGAGCACCGCGAAUCUGUCAACAUGAAGACACUUGACCAAUCAGAGCAUGAUACCAGAAUCUGGUAUCAUGGAACGGCAGCAUUAAAGGCAUGUCUCCAGGCUCCACUGCCCUUUCCCCCUCCCCAGGCCACCGUUCGGCUCGCUUCGCCCACCAAUAUUUUUCCUAUUUGAACCUGUGCCUUUUCUCCCACGGCGGAGCCUGGUCCCAGGCUAGGCUGCUUAAUAGAGGAUCACGAAAAAUACUCACUGGGCGUGGUCUAAUAUCAAUUUAUCAUACAAACACACUUCAUGCAAGGAAAAAAUAGGCUAAUCAACACUCUUCCAAGCAAUCAAUACUUUAAACAAAGUUCAGUGCCAAGUUGUAACUUAACGGCAGUAUAAUAUACAUAACAUUGUGUAAAAGCACUGUGCAAUAAAUCUGAUGACAUCUGAAAAGCGUUAACGAUACUAAACGGCCAAGUAUCAGCUUACAGUAGCUCAUGUUAUUUCUUUAUAGUGAUGAUGGACCACAUUUUAAACACAAUAAAAUAUUGCAUAAAAUGACAUAUGGCUUAGUUUCCAUUCAGGGGUGGCUGCUUAAUACACUAACAGGUAAAAAUAACAAAGAAAGACCAACAUGGGACUGAUACAGGGUGGCCGCAGCCGCUUAAUAGAGGUGGCCGCCUUAUACAGGUAACAAAUACAGCAUUUGUAUGAGCGAAAAAUUGGGACUUUGAAAACUGAUGGCCGGUUAAUACAGGGCUGUUAUAUACAGGUUCCACUGUAUUGCGUGAGAAAUUUCUGCAAUUUGAUUGGCUUAGAGCAGUGGUAUUUCAGCUUAAUUUGAAAUACCUACAGCUGUACAUGUGAAAAUUACAAGCCUUUUGCAAGUAGUAGUAUAAACAAUAAUAGCGUGAUUUGUAUGUGAUAUUUGGCAUAAAUACCACUCAUGAUAUUUCAAAAUUCUCUUAAAUUCCACUCACAUAAAGGCUUCUGAAAUUACGUAUAACAAUUUCAAAAUAUCACUUGUGGUAUUUAUGCCAAAUAUCACUACAAAUCAUGCUAUUACUUAAAGUAUACAAAUCUGUCGUUUUUACUGACUUCUGUGAGUGGCCAGACAAAAUAUUCGUUACAGUAGGGUAAAUUGUGCGUUGUGACCGUCAAAAUCUAUCCGUUGUGGUGGGGAUUUCGUUAUAGCAGGGUUGGUUUCCACUUAUUUUAGUGUAAUUCUGUCAGGUUCUCAGAUGUUUUUCAUUAUAACGAGAUCUUUGUUAUGGCAGGGUUCCACUGUACCUCAGCAAAGUUGCGAAAAUUUACAGACGUUUGUACAGUGGAACCCUGCUCUAUGGACACCCGCUUAAUACGGACAUCAUAUAUAACGGACAGUUAUGUUUGUCCCAAUGAAAUGGUCAUAUAUUUUCUGUAAAAUAAACCCGCUUAAUAUGGACACCAGUUGAUACAGACAGCGGACAUUGUUGUAUGUUCCAAGUCACAUAUUCUCAUAUAUCAUCAAUCUCGCUUUUUUGGACACUAGUUAUCUGCACACUAUGUGCACUAUCUAAAUUUAUGACUGACUAUCUUACCAGUGAAAACCUAGCAGAAACAGUGAAAAACCUUUCAAGCAUCCUGUCUAAAGUUCAGUCCACCUGGCUGAGUUGGCAAACUAAAAGCGUCAGUACAAAGUAAAGACAUGGAUUCCAUUGUCAUAUUUCAAGAAAACUGCUUGAAAGAUAGAUUUAGUGUGAGACUAUGAUAAAUGAUCGUGAAAAUGUUAAAGUUACAGAUAAGAAAUUAAACAGCGUUUUCCUGAAAAAAUGUCUGCUUUAGUCUUUAGAUCGAUAAAAGAUGAGUCAGUGAUGUUUUUUCAGAGAGACCUCUUAAUUCAGACACCUGGAUAAUACAGACACUAUGGCAUGUCCCCUCGGUGUCUGUAUUAACCGGGUUUCACUGUAUGUUGGGAGCAAGUUUGUGCCCCCCACCAUACAAACGUCUGUAAAAUUUCACAACUUUGAGAGGCUAUAUCUUAGUUAGUAUUCCACAAAUCACUUUCAAACAAGGGUUUUUUUCUAAUUAUUUUAAGGCGCUCUUUCCAGUGUCAUUAAUGGAUUUUUUCUAACUUAUUCGCGUCAAAAGUUGAAAAAAAAAAACGUGGAAAGGUCUUUUGAACUAAGGAGCACGAGUGCAUGAAGGAUGUUUGAGGGGGUAAGGAAGGAAGCGCCUACAAGGGCGCUGUUGUUCUCACCAUUCCACCCCUGAUUAAAUCCACAAAUCUGAGAAAAUCUGUGAAAUGUCUAUCUGUCACAUAAUGUCCGAUCAAAACAUUCAGUUCCUUCAUAGGAAAAUCACACAUAUUAUCCCAUGUAUCAUAUUUCAUGUCCCUCUUAUAUAUAAGAAACUUCAAUUUUGUCAGUAAUCCCUCAGAAAUGCAGAAGAAAUUGAAUUUUUUUGUGUAAAUCCUCUACAAGUUUGACUGAUACUUCAUUAUCCCCCAAGAAAAGCUUGUCUAGCAAAAUAAGAUAAAGGUCAAGCAAUCAAUGUCCAUUUUUCCCAAAUUUUCCCAAACUGUUCACGUUUUUAUCUGCUUUGGGUUAGGACCGUGUCAGGGUGCUAUUUGAGAACAGACCAUACAGUAAAAACCCGCAUAUAAUACCUAGAUUUGUGAUGUGGAAUAUAUUGCUGUAUUAAAUAAUUAUCUAGAAUACAGUUUAGAUGAAAAGACAUGAUAUGGUUUUCAUUUAAGUUCAUUCUUUGAAUCUUACUGACUGAAACCAAGACUAAAAUUUAUUUUUCUGUAUUUUCAUCUGUACCCUCAUUUUUGUAAAAUAACAUCCUAUAGAAAAUUUUAGGCUAAAGAGGUUCUUAUGAAAAGAACAUUACGUUAGUUUUUUGUUAGAUUCAAUUUAGGAUAAAUUUCUGUAUGACAUUAUCAUUACGUGUAUGGUCAUUGUGGUACCAGUGUAUAUGUUACAGGUCAAAAUUAAAUUCAGGUUGAAAUUUUUUAACCUAGGUUAACCCAUUCGCUCCUGGAGAUUUUGCCGAAAAACACGUUUUGAAGCUAGUCGAGUGGUUUUCUGGUCACUGUCGUGCUAUAAAGAGCUAAAACUUACCACAAACCGGUUUACAGGUCCUACACUUUGCGGCCUUCUGAUCCAGAUGCAAAAUAUCAGCUUGCAAAGUUCGGGCAUGCGCAGAAAGCAAAAUUUCGAGAUAGAUUUGGGUUUAAAAGUGACACAACAGUCUUGACUUUUACUUUUCGCUUUCUCUCCUCCCCUCUUUUUUCGCUUUUCUUGCCUCUUUUUUUUAUCUCUUGCUGGGCAUUUAGUAGGCUUUGUUUGGUGGGAAGAGUUUUUAGGAAAGCUUUUCGGAUCUUAGGAUAAGGUGAAAGGAAAGGUAGGUGAGCAAUGAAACAAGAUUUUCAUGGAGAUUUUCAGCUCAACGUCACAUGGUUUUUUGCCUCUUUCUCUGGUGUCCUUGACUGAAUUGUGCUCACUCGGGUAUGGUUUGAAAGAUCUCUUCACUCUGCACAAGUUAGCGGACAAAGUUGUCUUUGACCGUUAAAACAGAUGACGUCACAAAGGGUAGAAAGGACUUGGAUUCACACGGGCAGUUACAGGCGGUUACAGGGCGAAUGGGUUAAUUCUCUAUUCCCUUUGUCUCCUAGCCCGAAUAAUUCAUGAAUUAGGGUUAGGAGACACAGGAAAUUAAAACUCAACCCUAGGUUUAAAAAUUUUAAGCCAAAUUGAAUUUUGACCUGUACCAUAUACAACUUCAAAUUACCCAGUCAGUACACUUAUAGCCAUUGGCUAACUAUUUUUCUUGUGGUUGUGACAAAUGUGCUACUAAUCAUAGUUGCUUUGCUUCCAGUUUGUGUGAAGCCAUUUCAACUUACUGUCAUGCAAGCAACAAAGAGGAAGAGGGAUGUCAUUGAAGACUCAGACAAAGAAGGUAAUUUUUGUUAUGAGAAAAUAGGUUCACUUAUAGUUGAGAGUUGAAAUGUGAUCUCUGUACAGUGAGUAAUAAGGCUGAAAAAGAAGAUCAACUUUAAGGGUACCUUCUUUUUGGGGGUUGUGGGGGGGGAGGUUGUGUUAGAACUUCAAAGACCCUGGGAGGGGGGGAAACUUUUGGAAAUGAAUAAAUGAUUGUCGCAGUGAACGCAAUUUUUGAAAUUGCUUAAAGAAGCCUGAAAAAAAAUUCAGGACUUCAACGGGGUUUGAACCCGUGACUUCGCGAUACCGGUGCGAUGCUCUACCAACUGAACUAUGAAGCCACUGACGUUGGGAGUAGGUCAAUUGUGGGUUCAUAUGUUCCUGUGAAAGAAAUGAGUGUUAAUGAUAUAUGAAAUAAAUCAUAUAUGAACUGCGGAAAUGAAAUGAAAAUCAAGAAAUGAUCGUCGCAGUGAAUGCAAUUUAUGCAAUUGCAUAAAGAAGCCUGAAAAAAAUUCAGGACUUCAAUGGGGUUUAAACCCGUGACCUCGCGAUACCGGUGCGAUGCUCUUUUGUUUGGUUAAUACAUGCAAGGCUGGUGGGUGGUUUACUUGUAACUGCCUUUCAACAUGGGCCUUUGUUAGCUGAACCACUAGCACGACACAUUCUUAUAACAAUAUUAUUAUUAACUCAUUUUUAAUUGUUUUUUCCUCCACUGAUCAGAAUCCAAGACAUUAAAAUCUUCAGAGGAUACAACUAGGAGAUCAGAGGGAAGUGAUGGUAACACUUCCCGGUUUACCAGUGCUCUCCUGUCUAGUUCAAAGAAUACUGCAAGCAACACAAAGAACCAAAAAACCACAUCGAAAAAAAAGAGAAAAAAGAAAAGAAAGGACAGGACUCCAAAAGAGUACUUUAGGGACCCUCCAGAGCUUAAUAAAAUUCUCCCAUCCUUGCCUGACAUUAAGGCAAAAAAUAGAAAACAUGCUGAUCUUCCUGUUGAUGUUUUGUUACUGACAGUGAAGAAUUGUGAGUUUUUAGCUUGUUACAGUGAGCUAAGAAACCCCUAUCGAUGUUAUUUUGACGAUCUUGGUUAUGUGUACUUUUCUGAUGUGAGUGAAAGUCAAGAGGAAGUUAAAGUUGCAUUGUUAAGAUGUGACAAAACUGGUCCUGGUGGUUCUCUCAUCUCUGUAAAGAAUGCUGCCACUGUGCUAAGACCUAAAGCAGUUAUAUCUGUUGGUGCAUGUAGUGGUCUUCAUCCUGAGAAAUGCAAGUUGGGAGAUGUUGUUAUUUCUGCCAAAUUAACAACAUAUGCAUCCAAAGUGGUGAUCAAUAAUCAAGAACAGUCGACUGGCAUGAGGAGUUAUGUGAGCAAACGCUUCCUGAAUGUCAUUAAGAAUUGUGCUGAUGGCUGGCAAGCACCAUUGAAGAACCUGGCUGAUGCUGAACAAGUUAAAGUUUAUACUUCUGCUGAGGUUCUGACUGGACCAGAACAAGUCAUUUCUGGGCAGCGGCGUGAUCAACUUGCUGAAACCAAUCCUCAGGCAAUAGCAAUGGAAAAUGAAGGAGAAGGUAGGAUGACUGAUUUUUUGCAGCCAGUCUUUACAAGCAGGUGCACACAGCCAGGUUAAGUUUUGCUUGAGGUGAAAAGAGACAUAACAGCAUGCAUUAUACUUGUACUGGAAAGAAAAAAAUUGUUUCCUUUAAAGCAUCAAAAGGUCAUGAGUUUGGCACUUAAAAUCAUGUCUGUCAGUUUUAUUGGGAAAUCCUCUUGUUUUUACCAGAGCAAUAAUUGUCAUAAUGCCUAAAACAUUAUGUGGCUAAAUGAAAUUUAGGCUAAGUUAAACUCUGGACAUUGCUGACCAGUUAAGUCGGUUUUUCAAAUAAGAUAAAGGAGGGGUGCUCAAAUGGCAGUGCAGGGAAAGCUUUUCUGUUGAGGUCAUACAAUUACAUUCAUGUAGCUUAUUAACGUUGCUUGUACUUGUCAAAUGGUUUGCUCCUUACCCUGCCUUCCUUUUGGUAAGUGCAGUGGAAUCCUCUCAAUACUGUCACCAAGGGGUCAAAACAAUCUGGCCGUAUCAACAGGGUGGCUGUAUUACAAGGGCACGGUCAAACUUCAUGACUUAAGGACUGUAAUGACAAACAUCAUACAUUGCUUUUGCACUUCUUGUACUACUGUGUUCUAUUUAAUAAAUAAAAGGAAUGUAGAUAUCACAUACCAUAAUAAUUGUUAAAUCUACUUGAAACUCCGUCAGUACAGAAAACACUGUUAAAAAUCGGCUACUAUAGCACCACAAAUGCAUUGUAAGUGACUAUAGUCUAAAGACAGUAGAAAAACAAGCUCAGUUUACUAGGUCAAUGAAAUUGACAUGUCACAGGCAUUCUAAUUUUUGAAAUUUUUGACGCGUGGCCCUAUUAAUGGGGUGAAGUUGUAAAAGAUGCUACUGCUUGGGAUUUUAAAAUGUGGCCAUUGGCCACAUUUAUGGGUGACUGUAUUAACAAACGUUUUUCAUUAGAAAAUGUAUGGCUUUUUUGCCAGGCUAGAAAAAACUGUCCGUAAUAACAAGGUGACUUUAUUACCAAGGUGGCCAUGAGGUGGGGUUCCACUGUAUCCAGUAAGUAGGCUCCACUGGUUUGCUGUGAGAUGGUGCCUGGGUGGAUGCCACUCACAGGGGGCGCUUUACAUUCAACCCAAAAUUCCAGAAAUUUUGGUUGGUACAUCAAAUGGAACGGACCAUUUUGGUUUGGUCCAACCGGAAUAUUUGGGACCAGCUUUGAGGGUGGUCCGCUUUGACCAGUCUGGUCAUUUCAGUCAGUCAGACCUAAAUGUCCCUUUCCGUUUGACAAAAUUGUUAUCCCCAGUACCGCUCUUUUGUAUCCUGCUCACAAGAAUAAUAACCAAACGUAUGGUGGCCUGGAUCGGGUCUGUGCAACCAGAAUGUACCGUUCCAUGGAGCACGCGAAAUUUCCGAAAUUUAAAACUGGAAUUUUUGUUGAAUGGAAAGCACCCAGGGUUGUCAUGGUCAUGAGCGUCACUUGGCCCACAGUUUCCUGGCUCCACAAGCAUCGCAGGCAUCUCACCCCACACUCAUCUUUAAAGAUGAAUUUAAAUUACACUAUAAUAGACCUUAUGCAAAAAUGGCUUCCGACCAACCCCUCCCAAUGUCUGGACAAGUUUCUUAUUUUGCUGAUGAAGGCACUUUGGUGAAACAGGACGUUUCCCUAAACUCAUGUAAUGUUUGCUUUGUUGUUUAACAGGAGUAUUUACAGCAGCAUUUGAUUGUGGAAUUGAGUGGUUAAUUGUGAAAGGAAUAGCUGACUAUGCAGAUGGUUCUCAGUUAGCUUCGGAGAGUUGGUCUUCCUGUGCUAGUGUGAUGGCAGCAUCUCUUGUUGCAUACAUUUUGAGUGAUCCUUGUGUUUUCUAUUCAUGGCCUCAUUAUCAAGGUAAUCAUGCUCUCAUAAAGUGCUGCUACAUCUUGGCAUUUGAUUUAUUGAAUCCAUUGUUGGGUUCCUUUCAUAUUACGGUCACAGAUAAGCUACAUGGUACAUGCUCUGGGGUGCAUACCAUCCCAAAUUCAGCUGUCCAAUACUCACCACUUCUUCAAGUUGUUUAAUUUGAGAUUAAAUGCGAUGCAACUCGUAUGAGUUGUAGGAGUUGUCACAAAAUUUCUACCACUUGUGUGAUUCAUUCAAGUAGCUUAGUGAAUGCGAUAUGUUUCUGUAAUUAAAUAUCAAGAAGCAUUAGAAGUGUGCAUCUUAUUAGGGACCGGUACAUUUUGAGAGAAUUUGCAAUAUUUAGAUUUCAUGAUAGUCUCGCAUUAUACCCGAAAUCCUUUAUUAAGCCCCCCUCCCCCUUUUCAGGAGAAGAGAGUUAUUAAGCCCCCCUCCCCUCCCCUAAUAUAUUAUUCUUCACUAAUAAAUGAUGGACUGUAUUAAUCAAUGAUGACUGUAAAACUUCGUGUUGACUGAUCUGGGGUGGUUUUAUACCAACUGCAAGUGCGGAUUUGAUUCUGAUCCUCGGUUGCGUGACCUCCAACCUUCUUGUACUUAAGCUUUUCCACUUUGUAUUCUAGUUCUUUAAGGAGAGCUGAUACCAUCGUCUUUUUAAAUUAAUUAAGCCCCCCUGUCCCCUCUCAAAUACGCCCCCCAUCAGAUGAGGUUGUAAUAAAUAAGCCCACCCGGGGGUAGGCCUUUCUCGAUUAUGCUAGCAUUUUUUUCGGCAUUUUUUGGGAAAACGAGCAUUUUUUUUCGUUUUUUCUUGAAAAAGAAUUGCUGGCAUUUUCUGUCGUUUUUCAUGACUGUGAUCCAGAUUUCAGCACUCAGAAGGAUACUUGUUACUUGUGUGUGUAGAUUGUCUGUUUCCGUUACUAACACCCACGGAAAAAAAGGAAUGGGUGGUCAGCGGGUAACUCUUUCUCUUACUCAGCCAAGAUGGCGUCGGCUACGAACUUGCAAGAAAGACCAGUUCCACCAUCUAUAGCAAGAGAUCGAUCACUACAGUCCACCUCCGGUAAAUACAAGCGACGAGGAAACAGCGACACUGUGAAAGUGCCGUUACACGAGCGAGUACGACAGUUUCCUGAUGAGAACUACAUUGUUAGAGAAGGAAAGCUGUUUUGCAAUGCUUGUAUACAGAUCCUGCGUUAAGCGCUCGCAACUGCUUACAGUAUACUGAAACGUAAACGUUUUAUAUGAGUUAGAAGUUGAACAGAAUUGUGCUAGUCUAAGUUCUGUGUACCUAGCGCAUGGUAGUGCUUCAAAUAUGACUGUUUAGUGGCUGUUGGCUGGAAAAGUUUUAAUUCUGAUCCCAAGUUUUAUAAACAAACAAUUAUUAAGUAUCACCUGUUGUUGCAGGGCUCAAAAUAACGGCCGGUCAACGGACAAUGUCCGGCCUGAUCGUGGACUUGACCGGUCAAACUCUCAUCUUGCCGGUCAUUUUGACCGGUCAUUUUUGGAUGCGAACCUUUUAAAAUAUUUUCCAUACAGUUGACGCUUUAACGCGUUUUGCUCUAUAACACUGUUAUCAUUUCUUUUUUCUUUGCCUUUUUUCCAUGCUUUGCACUAAACUUUUAAAGAAAACGAAUGCCGCAUUAAAUUCCAUGUUGUCAUGUAAUGAAACGCGACAAAGCGAAACAACAACAAACAGAGUUGUGGAGUAACGCAACGAUGUUGCAGGUCGUACUCCCGCCCGGGGUCGUAUUGUACUUUCUGCUUUGCUCUGAUUAGUCAUGUGACCUUCUUUGGGAAAACAUACACGUUUUAUGUUACAAAACUAAAGGAUAGCUAACAGUUUUUGUCAAUCUAACGUUUCACAUCUACUUGUAAGAGGAUUGUGAAAAUCACCUACCUUCGACGGAAUUCGGGUUAAUCGAUCGCAAUUCUCCACUAUGGCGUCUCCACGUCCUGUACUGUUUCUCCGGGAAUAAAUUUUAGUGCAUCGAGUAAUUAUAUAUAAUUUCUUUAUGUCGAACAUGAAUCUCGUUUGCGAACUCGAUUGCAAAAUUGCCUGAUAAAAAUUUAAGCUAUUAAUCGAAAAGGAACGUCGCCUAUCUAGGCGCUUAAAAUCCUCCUUCUUGUAAACAGCUUUAUGCAAAUUUCUGUAGAUGUUUAUAAUGAGCCCUUUGCGAUAAAGUGUUGCUCGAUGUACGACCCAAACGAAAGCUCUGCUGUAUAUUUAUUGAUUUCUGAUGAUAAAUACACUGUUUGUGGAAUGGAUUUCUCGCCAGAAUCAACUUCUUUGCCGUAAAUAUUCAGUGGAGGAGACUUUCGAUCACCUGCCGGGCAACGAAAAAGAUCAACUUUCACCGAUAUGCAGCUAUGGGACUUGGAGACUUGAGACACCGCAGUACGAUAAUACUCAAAUUCAAAGUAUAUAUAAAUGGACAUGAAAAUGGGGGAAAACCCCGGAGAGGAACUCAACAACUUGUGAAUGAAUUUCACCAACUUGCCGCGAAAAACCUGAACGUCAAUGCAGUACAACGAUCUAUUGCCAGCGUAAUUUGAUAUUGCAUAUAAAGCAAAAAAAAAAUUAUUGUAUUCAUUAUUUGACCGGCCAAAAUCCGGGUUUGUCCGGCCAAAAAAUAUUUGGCCGGUCAUCAUGACCGGCGACCUACUGUCCGUUAUUUUGAGCCCUGUGUUGAUACGAGCAUAUAAUGUAAGAGUUUGUACGUUUUGUUUUUUGGCUUUAUGCGAGAAUUUCUAGUAGCAUUAAAUGCCAGAUUUACUAGCAUAAUCGAGAAAGGCCUACCCGGGGGGGCUUAAUAGAGGAUUUACGGUAAUGAUACUUUGACAUUUGACAUACAUAUCCUUGACAUCGGUGAAAAUGAUAUCAUUCUAUUUGUCAUCAAUGUAUCAAUAAAAUAUCAAUUUUGUCAUCUAACUAAUAAGUGUUUCUUUGGCAGGACCGCAACCGCAAAAGUCAAUCACCCACUAUGAUGAAAAUCGCACUAAACCACCAUCUACCGCUCCUUUGAGCCUCGAACACCCGUCAGAACCGCAGCAACAAGAAAAUAAUGACAAUCCAAACAAAAAACAACCAUCAACCGCUUCAUCCAGCAACGCUUCACUUGAUUCGUCAUUCAACCGCACUCAAGCAAAUGAAGAAACAUUAGUAGCUCCUUCCAUUAAACGAAUGAAGAGACAUGUCCGAGAAGUUACCGAACGACCUUACAAAGAUCUUAAAUCACCUUUUGAUGAUCCAGGCGAAGGAAGAGAUCUAAAGCUUGACGAAAUCUUCACCAACUUGAUUGUCUAUAAGGGGAGAGUUAAGUAUGACUUUUCUGGAGACAGAGGGGAACAACUUAAAGAGUACCUCAAAGCCAAUGAAGAAUUGCAACCAACACGACCAGGAGAUAUUUUCGAUGUUGAAAAGCAGAAGAUUCUUGUUGUGGGUCGUCCUGGAAUUGGAAAAACCAUGUUUAGCACAAAAAUUCUUCGUGACUGGGCGUCCGAUAAUUUGUUGAACGAAACACAAAAAUCACAAAUAGAUUUCGCUUUUCUCAUUAAGCUGAGGAUGUUUAACUCUACCGAAAAAGAACUCAAUCUUCGCGAGCUUCUGGAUCACUCAGAGUAUUCAACAGCUCUAUCUGAAGAUGCCUGGAACUACGUCUGUAACAACCCAGAGCGAGUACUCCUUAUUUUUGAUGGAUUUGAUGAAUAUUCUAGGAAGACUGAAAUCAAUAAAGAUGACGUCCAGCACAGAAACAAUAAAGAAGACAGGAUGCCUGUCCAUUUCCUGCUAAAGAAAAUAGUAUCCGGAAAAAUUCUUACCGGUACGACAGUCUUAACGACUACAAGACCCAAUGCCGUGUCAUGUAUCACACAGAGUCUUUACUUCGACAAAACAGUUGAAAUUCUGGGAUUUACAACUGAGCAGGUGGAAGAUUAUGUGCAAAAGUUCACAGAAGGCGAUGGCCAAAAGGCAAACACUAUAAAGCAGCACAUCCUCAAUAACUUAAACUUUCUUGCCGUUUGCUACGUUCCCGUGAAUUGUUUCAUCAUUUGUUCCUGCUUGUUUCAACUUCUUUGUAAGUCCGUUAGCCCUGGCCUACUUCCCACAACGCUAACUGAAAUAUACUCCAUCGCUGUCAAGUACUUUUACUUUCGUCACGGCCUCUCUAAAGAAGUGAACAACGCUGAAAACAAUUUUUUUGCCCCAUUUAAGAAACUGUCUUCCUCUGUGCAAGACGAGUUCACUCGCCUUGGAAAAAUUGCUUUUGAUGGAAUUAACGAAGGAAAACUGAUUUUUGAAUCAGCUGAAGUCAACAACCUAGCGAGUAAUGGCCUGUUUCACCGUUUACCUGACACUAAAGACAAUCCUUUAGCAGAGAGAAGAGAACAAUACUGUUUUUUACACCUGACGAUACAGGAGUUCUUAGCGGCGAAGUAUUUGGUGGACACGUACAGAUCCGAAGACCUGCAGAAGUUUGUUUCCGAUCACAUCCAAGAUGGCGCGUGGAAGGUUGUGAUGCAGUUUGUGGCUGGACUGCUGGCUGAAAAAGAAGGACAAUCAACAGAUAUUUUCAGCGACCUUCUUCCCUCAGAAACUUUUACUGAAGUAGUUGACAUCAAGAUGAAUGAAGAUUCAGAGGAACGAACUGAAACACUGACCUUUUGGCCAGCUUAUAAACACAGGUUAUUAGUGGUGACGCUAUUCAAUUGCAUGUAUGAGAACAAAGCCUCUGAUCGAGAAGUUCAAAAGAAACUGGCGAAAAUUGGUUGUAAUGGGCUUCAGUUUUUUGUUUGUAACCUGUCACCUCUCGACUGUUUAGCAUUAGUGCAUGCACUUAAAUCUGUUGAAGGAAUUUUGUAUUUUGAUUUAAGCGAAAACAACCUUCAGUCGCUAGGAUGUAUUGAGAUUGCGAAGUUGUUACCUGGCAACCAACACAAUCAGGGUUUUUGCGAACUAAAAAGAUUAAACCUCAGGGCUAACAACAUAACUGAUGAAGGAGUAAAACAUUUAUCCACAGCACUCACACACACUAACUGCACACUAAACAGCUUAAACCUCGGGGGUAACAACAUAACUGAUGAAGGAGUAAAACAUUUAUCCACAGCACUCACACACACUAACUGCACACUAAACAGCUUAAACCUCGGGGGUAACAACAUAACUGAUGAAGGAGUAAAACAUUUAUCCACAGCACUCACACACACUAACUGCACACUAAACAGCUUAAACCUCGGGGGUAACAACAUAACUGAUGAAGGAGUAAAACAUUUAUCCACAGCACUCACACACACUAACUGCACACUAAACAGCUUAUACCUCGGGGGUAACAACAUAACUGAUGAAGGAGUAAAACAUUUAUCCACAGCACUCACACACACUAACUGCACACUAAACAGCUUAUACCUCGGGAGUAACAACAUAACUGAUAAAGGUAAAAAUCUCCUAAACUCAAUGAACAUAAACUGUAAAGUAUAUAUCUAA